CCGAAAUGUCAACUGUGAGGCAGGUCAGUGCAAAACAGUCGAUCUAACCGCACAUUAUAUUUCCAGUUGAAACCUCUGUUGAAACUAAUUAAGUAUGAUUUAACAGUCGAAAUAAUGUAUUUUGUGGCCCAAUUUUUGCGCUGUUGUGCGAGCCCCUUUUACGGCCGAUCCGUUCGCCUGUUGUCCGUGAGUGCAGUCAACUCGAAACUGAUAAACGAGUCCCAUUCUAUAAAUAUAUUCGAUCGGAAUACGAAAACGCUGCAACGGCAAAGGGCUGCGGUUGCGGACGAUGCGAAUUUGUACGACUAUCUUAAGGAUGAAAUCGGGUUUCGUUUGGCCGAUCGUGUCUUUGAUAUUAAGAGGAAGUUUAAACUAGCUGCCGAUAUUGGGUGUAAUAGGGGGUAUGUUUCCAAGCACAUUUCGCCCAGCUCUGUGGAGGAAUUAAUUGUGUGUGAUGUAAGCCAGGAGAAUCUGGAUGUUGUCACUGUUAUGGAGGGCAUUAAGUUGAGGAAGCAGAUACUAGACGAGGAACACAUCGAUUUUGACUCGAAUUCGCUGGACUUAGUGGUCUCCUGUUUAAGCCUGCAUUGGGUAAAUGACCUCCCAAGGGCAUUUCAUAAAAUCCUGGAAAGUCUCAAGGAAGAUGGCGUGUUCAUGGCUUCAGUGUUUGGAGGGGACACUUUAUAUGAACUGCGAUCCUCCCUACAACUGGCCGAGCUGGAAAGGAAGGGCGGCUUAUCUCCCCACAUAUCGCCCUUCACUGAGGUCAGGGACAUUGGCAGUUUGCUGUCCAAUGCAGGCUUUUCCAUGCUCACUAUUGAUACUGAUGAAAUCGUCGUUAAUUACCCCAGCAUUUUCGAGCUGAUGUCGGACCUUAAAGGCAUGGCUGAAAGCAAUGCAGCCCUUAACAGGUCGCUGCACUUGCAGCGGGACGUCCAGUUUGCGUCAGCUGCAAUUUAUCAGCAGCUGUAUGGGAAAACCGAUCCUGAAUCCGGAACCACCAGCAUACCGGCAACGUUUCAGAUCAUCAACAUGUUGGGCUGGAAACCCCACCCCAAACAGCCCCAGCCAAUCCAGAGGGGCUCAGGCGAAGUCUCCCUGAAGGACUUGCAUAAGCUGGACGAAAUCGUCAAAGAGGUGAAGACCAUUAAGGACAAAGACUAAACACCAUGUCUUGUUUUCACUAAAUGUUUAUUUUGUUAUACGGACCGAAGAAUAUGUAUAUAUGUAAUAAAAUGUGCAAGUGAA